UGGCGCCCCCCUCCCGCGCCCAGCCCCGACGGCGGACGGCGUCUCCUUUUCCCUCGUAGGCGUUCGGAGCGGGGCAUGAGCCCCUUCGCUGGGCGCGUUGGCGAUGGAGUCCCACACCGCCAAAUCCAUGGGCUGCUUUUUCUGGCCGCUGCUCGUCUAUCUCCCGCUCGCCCAAGGAGUUGAUUGCAAACCUGGCUGUCAUCAAGUAAAUGGGUUUUGUGAAGUUUCCAAUGAAUGCAGAUGUCAUCCUGGAUGGCAAGGCCCUCUCUGUGAUCAGUGUGUUCCUUUCCCUGGCUGUUUGCAUGGAACAUGUGUCAAACCAGGGCAGUGCAUGUGUGAAGAAGGAUGGAUCGGGAGCCGCUGUGACACAGUUGUUCAUCCUUGUUCUUCCAAGCCUUGCUCAAAUUACUCAAGGAAUUGCAUUGAGACUGGCAAUGGUGGAUACAUUUGCUUGUGCGCUCAAGGCUAUAUGGGCAAAAACUGCCACAUGAAAAAGGGGCCCUGUAUUGUUAAUGGGUAAAUAUGGAUCAAGUUUGUUGAUUUACUCUUGACUUUGGUUAGUCUAAUACAGUAUUUUUUAGUUUGACACGUCCCAGAUUUAUUGGCAUGGCAGCUGCUGGAAUUCCCAGUGAAAAUGGCUGAAGAGAUUUUGAAGAUCACAGCCCUACUAUGUCUGUCUCUUUAUUUCCAUGCUUGUUCUCUUCCCUUGUAAAAUGAAGGCCAGGGAAAGAAGGUGACUUCUACAUUGGAAGGCAAAUACACUAUUUAGAUAAAUUUGAUGUAUUCAUUUGCUUUUGGUGAGUUACUCACCAGCCUUGUUCACUUUUGGCUUUUGUGUUUAACUGAGAGAAAAAAUCCUGAAGAAGCAGAGUUGGCCCUUUUGCCAGUACAAGGAGACUGCUUUGCUGCAAAUUUGUUUUUCUCUAGCACUAAAGCAAAUUAAUACAGUUAAGCUAUUUCUUAGUUCAUGCAGUAAGAAAAGACAAGAGUGGGUGUCAUUUUGAUUGGAAAGUGGUGGGCAGCACCACUGUUGAGUAGAGGAAAUGAUUGAAUCCAGAUUCUGUAUGUUCCCAUUUCUUUCUUUCCAGCAGAAUCACAUAUAUUGGAACGAGGGUUCACUUAUAUUUUCAAUAUUUAUCAUGCCUUUCCAUGAAAAUGGAGAACUUGUAUAUAUUGUUUCAGAACAAAAGACUUCAAACUACUAGUUAGCAGCCAUGUUUUAUGUGGUGUUUUUAAGCCUAAUCUGAAAGUCACUACCCAACUGUGUUCCAAAAUUGCAGCUUUGGCCAAGGAUCUUCACAUCUGUAAUACAAAACCUAGACUUUUAAGCAGUUAGGCCAUGGUUAUGUAUUUUUUUUUUUCAGAUUAAGACAUUAAUUUCUUUCCAGUUGUUUUUUCACAGUAAAUUAUACAAUGAGAUAGAUGAAAUACAUGAGGACACAAAACAUAAGAGUAGAAAUUCAUCUAAAUUUUUUUGGUCUUAAUUUAUAUUUUAAAUCUAAUAGCAUUGCAGAUAUUAUUUGUUAGACUCCAGUAACUUUUCAGUAUUCAAAUUUACUUUUCACAAUUCAGUUUUAACGCAACAAAAAACCAUACCACAAGAAUAUUCUAUUGGUUCUAGACUGAACAUAUCCUAGCUUUCUGAGAUAUUUAAGUGAAGAUAUUGGUGACUUAAUAUCUGAUUUGCUUUCAAAAGGUGAGAUUUGGUUUCCAGGAUCAUGGUCUGAAAUAUGUAGAUGGACUGCUGGCACAAGAUGGAAUGUACCUUGCAGGAACUGGUAAAAUAUAUUGAUCAGGAAGACUUCAGAUAGGAACCACUGAGUGGUGGAAAGGCAGUAAGACCUCAGAUAAAGACUUGUGCACUGUAGAAGUUGCUAAAAUGAAGUUUCUGAAAGCACACAAAGAAAAAUCGGCUCAAAAAAUUUAUGGCUUUCAUUUGUUUUAAACUAAUAUUCAGACCAUGGGAAAUAAGAUGAGUCUGAGCUCUUAGUAUAAAAGGCAGAUAUGAUUUAAUAAAUACAGCAGACAGAUGGUGUGAUGAUUCUCUUGGAAUGUAGCAACUGAAGGAUAUCAUUUCUUCCAAAGGAACAAAAGCAGAGGAAAGGAAGAGGAGAAGGGUUGUAUUUUAAAAAGAUCUACUGCUCAGAAACCCAAGUGAAUGAAAUUUACUGUAGAAUACAUCUGGGAUAAAGUAAAUGAAGGAACAUAUAAAAGCAAUACAGUUGUUGUCUACUCUUCCAUGCCCAACCAGGGAGAAGCUAUGGAUGAUGCAUUUCCAAAGCAAACUGAAGAUCUUUCAGAGAGUGCAAAGUUGAUGAAAUUGUAGUAAUGAGAAAUUUUAAUUACCCAGACAUCAGUUGGAAGACAAACUCUGCCAAGCAUAGUCCUUCAGGAAAUUCCUGUCUAGUCUUGCUGACAGCUUUCUCUUUCAGAGGGUGAAGGAAGGUAGAAGAACAGGGAAGAUUUUCUUGAGGAAGUGGAAGUAGCAGAAGCACUGGAGGAAACUAAUCAUGUAAUGAUGAAGUUAUUUAUUUUAAGGGAAACAAAGUAGAGUCAAAUACUUAACCUUAGACUUUUUGAAAAAAAUGGUUUUAAUAAACUUAGCUAUGAUAAGUAGGAUCCCAUGACAGGAGAAGGUAAUGGGAAAAAAUGCUCAAGAUGGGUGGAAGCUCCUAAAGGAGAUUCUAAAAUCAUAAUUGCAAACAAUUCUAGUGAUAAGGAAAUAAUGGAGGAUAGCAAAAAAGCCAAUUGUCUAUUUAAAAAAAAAUUGGUGAAGCUUUAAAAAUAAAAAGGACAUGUACAGGGAACUGAAAUAGGGCAAGUCACAAAAGAAGAAUACAGACAGGUAGCCUGGAACUGAAGAGCUAGUGUCAGGAAAAAGAAAACUGAGGAUGAGUUGUGGUAAGUGAAGUAUGUUAGGAGGAAGGAUGUAACAACAUAAUAAAGAGAUAAAUCUGUGAACACCUUUAAGUUAAUGUGCUAAUGAGAGGGCGGAGCUGGCGUCGCGGCGAUACGGCGGGCGAUCCUGGGCUCCCAGAACCGCA